UUUCUUGUUUUAAGGAUUUUAGAACACGCAAUUUGCGGAGUCUACUUUAACGGCUUUUCCUCCACGUUUACCCCUUUAUUUCUUGUCUCAAACCAUUCAAUUAUUGCAACCGCGCCUUAAAACCUGGGAUUGAUUUUCAAUAUUCCACAUGCAAUUUCCAGGCUGGGUUUGCUCUCACAGUCACCGUUGUUUCGUCUGUUGAACUCAUGAUUACUUUCCAUCUUCAUGCGAUUCGGUAAUGCAUAUUGUAGAUAUUUGGAACGGGAAGAAUUGCAGAAACAAUUAGGGCUUUGAAGAUGAGGAAUUAAGAGAGGAGGUCCAAUUCACCCUCCCUAAACUAGAUUUAAAUAAAGAGUGUGAACUGGCAUUAACUUUCAAAGCUACAAUAUGGCACCUGGUGGCGGUAUCUGCAAGGAUGUGAUUGAGUCUCGAGUUGCAUAUUCUGAUUAUGAUAUGGCGACUUCAAGUGCAGAGUUAAGAGGUUCUCCUUUAAGAAAGGCAGCUUCUGGUUUAGGUGGAAGUCUGGGAGCAACAUCAACAAACGACGUGCAGGAACUACUCGAGUGUCCUGUUUGCUUAAAUUUAAUGUAUCCUCCAAUUUACCAGUGUCCCAAUGGCCACACUGUAUGUUCAAUUUGUAAGGCUAGAGUUCUCAACUCUUGCCCAACUUGCGGCAAUGAGCUCGGAAAUAUAAGGUGUUUAGCUCUUGAGAAAGUAGCAGAGUCACUGGAACUUCCUUGCAGAUACCAGAUUCUGGGUUGUAACGAUAUUUUCCUGUACUACGGCAAGCUCAAGCAUGAAAAAAACUGUAGAUAUCGCCCCUAUAGUUGUCCGUAUGCUGGAGCCGAAUGUUCUGUCACCGGUGAUAUUCCAUAUCUUGUCAUGCAUCUCAAGAAUGAUCACAAGGUUGAUAUGCAUGAUGGUUGCACUUUCAACCACAGAUACGUCAAAUCCAAUCCUAGUGAAGUCGAAAACGCCACCUGGAUGUUAACUGUUUUCAACUGUUUCGGUCGACAAUUUUGCCUUCACUUUGAGGCCUUUCACAUAGGGAUGGCUCCGGUUUACAUGGCCUUCUUACGGUUCAUGGGUGAUGAGGACGAGGCAAGAAAAUUCAGUUAUAGCCUGGAAGUGGGUGGCUAUGGCAGGAAGGUCAUCUGGCAAGGAGUUCCUAGAAGCAUUCGUGACAGUCAUCGGAAAGUACGAGACAGUCAAGAUGGACUCAUCAUUCAAAGGAACAUGGCACUCUUCUUCUCAGGUGGAGAUAGGCAGGAUCUGAAGCUGAAAGUGGCGGGCCGAAUUUGGAAGGAACAAUAAGAUAAGUCCCGAAAAUGAAUCAAGGUCACGGUAGUUAAAAAAAAUGUGUAGAAAAUAA